AUGGAUGCAACAAAUCUUUCCAGUAAUUGGAAGAGACUACAGGCCACACUCAAGCAAAGCGGUGCUGCGUCGGCGACGUCAACUGCCAAACGGAAGACCGCAGAUCGCGACUCCUCCUCCGCGACCACGAAGAAACGCAAAUUCGCCGACACUCCCCACAAAGUUCCCUCCAAAACGCAAGUUACUAGGACGACGAUCAAGAAACGCAAGAUGUUGGAUAGUGCCACCAAUGGCCCUACCGAUUAUUCUGAAACGGCCUCUUCCACAAGUCGAAGGAAAUCCAGCACGAAUGCAACGACCGCUCCAAUUCCGGUGUCACGAAACUCUCAGGUCAACGAGGGACGCUCUCCUACUGCGGAGCUAGGGAAACAUAUUGCCAUUGACUGUGAAAUGGUCGGCGUCGGGCCCAAUCCUGAUAACGACUCGGUUCUGGCGCGAGUCAGUAUCGUCAAUUUCAACGGGGACCAAAUAUACGAUUCAUAUGUUCGACCGAAGGAGAUGGUCACCGAUUGGCGGACACAUGUGAGUGGCAUCGCGCCGAAACACAUGGUCGAAGCCCGCACCCUCGAGGAAGUGCAAAAGGAAGUCGGCGAGAUCAUGAAUGGCCGCAUCCUCGUAGGCCAUGCGGUCAGUAACGACCUGGACGCUCUUCUCCUCGGUCAUCCCAAGCGCGACAUCCGCGAUACCAGCAAACACCCCGAAUAUCGCAAGAUCGCGGGUGGAGGUUCUCCACGGUUGAAGAUGCUCGCCGAGCACUUUUUGGGAUUGAAGAUUCAAGACGGCGCGCACUCCUCCGUGGAGGAUGCCCGAGCUACCAUGGCGCUGUAUCGUCGGGAAAAGGACGCCUUUGAAAGGGAGCACUUGAAGAAAUGGCCCAUUCGCAAUGUGCCCACAACUUCGGGGGACGGUGAACAAAAGAAGAAAAAGAAGAAGAAGAAGACCACCCGCAAGCGGUGA